AGGAAGGGUUGAUGGGGUUUGAACUGAGCGGCGGAGCGGUUGGAGAGCGACCGUUCACCGUCGCGCCUUGUUCCGGAAUGACCUCGAAGGAGAAUCACGAUCCUCAGCGUCCUGGACUCAAGCCUCCGACUCCAGAUAGGUUUGGCAGUCCAAAGUACCUCUUGACGAAACAGCUGAGUGGGCCGUGUAUUUCUGCAUCAUCUUCACUAUUAUCUUUGAGAAACAUGUCUAAAGUUUCUACAGUAGCAACACCAGCAACAGCUUUGGGAUCUGGAGUUCAAAGAGUUGCUACAGCACAUGAAAGCCAGGAGCAGGUGGUUAAAAAUUGGUGUAUUGACAACUUUGACAUUGGACGCCCUCUUGGAAAAGGCAAAUUUGGGAAUGUCUACUUGGCUCGUGAACGGGAAUCGAAAUUUAUUCUGGCACUGAAAGUGCUCUUCAAGUCCCAGCUUGAGAAUGACAACGUUGAGCAUCAACUCCGAAGAGAAAUCGAAAUUCAGUCUCACCUCAAGCAUCCAAAUAUCCUGAGGCUCUACAAUUAUUUCUUUGACCGUACAAGAAUUUACCUCAUGUUAGAAUAUGCUCCUGGAGGAGAAUUGUACAAACAGUUGCAGAAAUGUGGCUUCUUCACUGAAGAAAGGAGUGCCACUUACAUUUUGGAGCUGGCAGAUGCAUUGCAAUAUUGUCAUUUGAAGAAGGUCAUUCAUAGAGACAUCAAACCAGAGAAUCUGCUCGUAGGCCUUCGUGGGGAACUGAAAAUAGCUGAUUUUGGUUGGUCUGUGCAUGCUCCUUCAUCAAGAAGAAAGACGUUUUGUGGGACUUUGGAUUACCUACCUCCAGAGAUGGUUGAAGGACGGAUGCAUGAUGAGAGAGUGGACUUGUGGUCCCUGGGCAUUCUGUGCUAUGAGUUCCUAGUAGGUCACCCUCCAUUCGAAUCAGGAUCUCACCAGGAGACUUACAGGAAAAUUUGUAAGGUUGAUGUCCAGUUUCCCUCCAGCAUGUCAGAAGGUGCAAAAAGUCUAAUCAGUCAAUUACUUCGCCACAACCCAGUACUGAGACUUCCCCUCAAGGAAGUGAUAGAACAUUCAUGGGUAAAAUCGAACGCCCGAAGGCUCCUUCCCCCCAAGUGUGCAACCAGUGAGAAUUAACGACUACUUCAUGAGUCCUGGGGAUUGCUGACUUGUAUUUAAGACAUGGAAUAUGCGGUGUGUAAUAUAUAAAUUAUAUACUCAGUUGUUCAGUAGCUCUUCCUGUUCCCGUGACCCUGUCUUUCUGUAUGCUUCUGUCAUUGUUAAAUUGUGUCCUCUGGUUUGUUCACGUUUGUCAGCAAAUGCCUGGACACACGUAGUAAAUCAUGUUUUCUGCUCAUUACAGCAAUUGUAAAUUAGAAGCAGUGUUUAUGGCCACAAAGUUGUAUAUGCCUCUUGUUUCAUAGUAAUUCACAACUAGUCAAAGCAAUUGUUACUGUCAUGUAAAGGUAGAUCCUAUUUUUUUAAAGUUUCACUUUGUUCAUUUGCAAAUAAACCAGAUGAAUCCUUAAA